AUGGUCACUACGGAGGAGUUGCAGAGAGGCCUUUCGACUCUAAAUGAGGUUUCUGCUGAAUCCACGAUGGACUGGGAUGCUGCGGAUCGCACAACUCAAGGGAUGGGUGAUUCUCAUGCCGAUCUUCCCGCGGAUGUCUAUUGCAACUAUCAUAGUGGCCAUGCUCUCUGCCUUGCAAAAAUCCCGGACUCUGAUUUUGUUGAUAUAUUCCACCACAACUUCGCAAAGAAGAGUACUAAGUCCUGCGGAGUGUCCACUUUCCCGAGCUUUGAGCCGGAUGGUGAAGCCUUAUCGAGGUUACCAGGAGAGAACGAAAAGGCUUGGGAGAAAGCGAUGAAGCAAUUGAAGGGGAAGAAGAGUUGGCAGGCUCCAGCCGACCAAGAGUUGUUGAACCAAUUUAGACAUCUAAUAUUCCACACUUGUGACAUUGAAAUAGAAGGGACAUCUUUUGGCGUCACGGCUCUCUACAUUAAACCUAUGGAAGAUCAGAAGCUCAGCGUGGCCUUCUUCACCGAACCGGAGAAGGUUGCUGUUGUUUGGGAAUUUGAAAGACAUGAACUUGUCGUCCCGGGCCAUCAGAGAACUUACAUUAGUAUGGACCCGCCGUUCGAGGUUGAACUCGCACACAAACGGGCGAAGGUUACAGUAGCUGGAGAGCGAAUCCAAGGCGUAGUUUUUACUCGUAAAAACAUCUUCACGCUUCCGGGAGAAUCUUAUAGAUCGAAGAAUCAGAUAUUAUGCUUUCGAUUUUCAUGGACUACGGAAGCAAUUGCUGUCAUGAAGUACGGGGAGAAAUGGGCAUUUAUGAUGAGCGAGAAGGAGACUACAUGA